AUGGGCGCCGAGCACUUGGCACGGUUGCAGGCCAUGGCGCCGCUGUUGCCCCACGAGAUGGAGCAUAUCCGCAGGGUCUACGACGAGGACGUUUCUAGCAAGAAGUUCGCCUCGAUCAUUUCGCCCCGCGAGGAUGCCCAAAUGUUGCGAAGCGGGGACCAGAAGGCGGUGUCCUGCGAGUGCAUAGUAGAGCUCUACGAGCUUCUCUGGCGCUGGGGUCAUCGAAAGAAGAGCCGCUUUGUGGAAAACUUCGGCUUUACGAUUCCGGACACGGUUGUCAUCGCGAAGGGCAAGCCCUACGCCUGGUACUUUAUAAGCAAGAAGGACGGCUCCCUGCUCCGGAAAAGCGAGGGCAACCUUAGUCUGUCGCUGCUGGAGAAGAAGCUUGUUGGCGACCGGGACAAGGAGGACAGCCGCGACGCACGACCCUGCGCUGUUUGGUUGCCAAUGGCCUCCCAGUUCCCGGAGGCAAGAAGUCCGACGCCAUAUGCGGAGUUCUUGUCAGUGAAGGGCUUGCAGGAGUUCAUUAUGUGCCUGAGGGAUCGCCACUCGGGCAUCAUUCAGGGCUUCGUGCAGCCCCACGGUGUGUCCAACUCGCUGGUGCGCACAGUUGAGUUCCGGCGCCAGACUUCGUUGUCACUGCGAACAAAUCGCUCAUUGCUGGCCACAGGGGGCAACAUCUUCGACCGAUGUGCCACCUUCGAGGGCUGGGAAGGCCUUUCUAGCCUAGCAAGCCGCUACCGGAACCAUCGGCACCCGCACAUGGAGGAUUUGAUCCUGGCGGCCAGUGAGACCUUGAAUCGGCGCAUUGAGCAGGAGAGGGUAAGGCCAGAAGGGGUUGACGUGGCCCAGAUUCUCCCAUUAAGUUGA